ACCCGGUAGGCCGCCUGCCUGAGACGUUGCUCCUUGGUGUCCACGUAUUAGUCGGCCGCGAUGGCACCCAGCCCACGCAAGAAGACACCCAGUCGGCUUUGCUUGAGAAAAUAAAGCCGGUCUAAGUGUCAGAAAAUUUUCUUCCAAGCGAGGAUGCGGGCGACGGCUUGACGUAUGGGAAGCGGGCAGGCAGGCAAGGAAGUUUGGCGCGGCUUGUUGAAUUUGCUUCAAGCCCCAACACUCAACACCAGGCAGCCAUAAAAGGAGCAUUGCAGUGUCUGCACAAGUCAGGCAUGAGAAUGAUGAGGAACAUGAGGAUAAUGUCUUGUGUGAUCGGCAGGACUGCAGUGACCGGUGCAAGCUGCAACAAGCACACACUGAGGUGGCGACAGACAAGGUUGCUGGUAAGCUGAGUUCUACUCUCUCAUGGGUGAAGAACUCUGUGUCGCACACGGUCAGUCAGAUGGCUAGCCAGGUGGCCACGCCCACGUCCCUGCCGACCACCUCCUCUUCCACAUCCCUGUCGUCGCCGGCCCUCUCGCCGUCCUCGCCUCCGCUGCUCAGCCCCGAUGACGUGGAGCUACUCGCCAAGCUGGAGGAGCAGAACAGGCUAUUAGAGACGGACAGCAAGUCGCUGCGCUCCAUGAACGGCUCCAGAAGAAACAGUGGCUCCUCACUGGUGUCAAGCUCCUCUGCCUCGUCCAACCUCUCGCACCUGGAGGAGGACUCGUGGAUCCUGUGGGGGCGAAUCGUCAAUGAGUGGGAGGAUGUGCGCAAGAAGAAGGAGAAGCAGCUCAAGGAUCUUGUCCGAAAAGGGAUUCCACACCACUUCCGGGCCAUCGUGUGGCAGUUGUUGUGUAACGCCCAGAACAUGCCAAUCAAGGAUCAGUACUCGGAUCUCCUGAAGAUGACGUCGCCCUGCGAAAAGCUGAUUCGCAGAGACAUAGCCCGCACUUAUCCCGAGCAUGACUUCUUCAAGGAGAAGGACAGCCUGGGCCAGGAGGUUCUCUUCAAUGUCAUGAAGGCGUAUUCUCUGGUGGACCGUGAGGUGGGUUAUUGCCAGGGAAGUGCCUUCAUCGUCGGGCUGCUGCUCAUGCAGAUGCCAGAGGAGGAGGCCUUCUGCGUCUUUGUGAAGCUGAUGCAGGACUACAGGUUACGGGAGCUCUUCAAGCCCAGUAUGGCAGAGCUGGGCCUCUGCAUGUACCAAUUUGAGUGCAUGAUUCAGGAACAUCUGCCGGAGCUCCACGUGCACUUCCAGGCGCAGAGCUUUCACACCUCCAUGUACGCCUCCUCCUGGUUUCUCACCAUCUUCCUCACUUGCUUCCCGCUGUCCGUUGCCACCAGGAUCUUUGACAUCUUUAUGUGUGAGGGUCUGGAGAUUGUGUUCAGAGUGGGACUGGCCAUCCUGCAGAUGAACCAGGCAGAGCUCAUCCAGCUAGACAUGGAGGGAAUGUUACAGCACUUUCAGAGGGUCAUCCCGCGGCAAAUGGACAGCGGACCCGACAAGGUCAUCCAGGCGGCGUAUCAAGUCAAGUACAAUGCCAAGAAGAUGAAAAAGUUGGAGAAGGAGUACACGACCAUCAAAACCAAAGAGAUGGAGGAGCAGGUGGAGAUAAAAAGGCUGCGGACGGAAAAUCGCCUCCUCAAGCAAAGGAUCGACACGCUGGAAAAGGAAAGUGCUUCCUUGGCAGAUAGAUUGAUCCAGGGACAAGUGACUCGGGCUCAGGAGGCGGAGGAGAACUACCUGGUCAAGCGGGAGUUGGCCACAGUCAAACAGCAAAGCGAGGAGGCUGGUGCUCAGCUGGAGCAGGCCAAGAAAACCAUCUGGCAGCUUCAGCAGCAGCAGCCGCAAGCGAAGGCGGCGUCGCGCUGCUCGGAGGAGGCAGUCCUGCAGCUGGAGAGAGAGCUGGUGCAGGCCAGGCUAAAGGAGGCAGAGUCCCAAUGUGCCCUCAAGGAGAUGCAGGACAAGAUUCUGGACAUGGAGAAGAGGAACACAUCGCUUCCAGAUGACACCAAUGUGGCACGACUACAAGAGGAACUGAUAGGAGUGAAGCUGAGGGAAGCCGAAGCCGUCACUGGCCUGAAGGAGCUGCGGCAGCAAGUACGAGACCUGGAAGAUCACUGGCAGCGCCACCUGGCUCGCACAUCCGGUCGCUGGAGGGAAAGCCCCAAGAAGAACACCUUGAGCGAGCUGCAGGACGAGCUGAUGAGCGUCCGGCUGCGGGAGGCCGAGGCUCAGGCAGAGCUGCGAGAGAACCGACAGAGGAUGUUGGAGCUGGAAACGCAGAAUCAAAUUCACAACAACCAGCUGCGGCGGGCAGAGCAAGAGGGUCGAAGUCUUCAGGAGCGUGUGCAAACGUUGACCACGCAGAACAAAGAUCUCCACGGGCAACUGCAAGAGAUCAAACGGCGACAAGCGGAGAUCGAAUGCAAGAGUAAAGAGGAGGUGAUGGCAGUGAGGUUACGGGAGGCCGACAACAUCGCCGCCAUGGCUGAACUGCAGCAGCAGAUCUCCGAGCUGGAGAUUCAGAAAGAAGAAGGGAAGGUCCAAGGCCAGCUGAACCACAGCGACUCAAACCAAUACAUCAGGGACCUCAAAGACCAGAUAGCCGAGCUCAAACACGAGAUCUGCUGCUUAAAGGGGCAGAGGAGUGUGGCCAAGCCUCCCGCCUAUGAUGGCAUCCACAUUAUCAACCAUUACGGCGGUGAUGAUGAGUCUUAUAACUCUUCGGACGAGGAUGGCGCCAAGGACAGCCACCUCCCGGAUGGUGAGCGGAGGGGCGGCGGCCGCGUCAUACUGCACCCCAAACGGGGGGACACGGACAGCGAGGACGAGGAGGAAGACGAGGACGGCGAGGCUUUGCAGCUCUCUGUGCCUGCCGCUGUCAGCCACAGGUCCACAACCGUGUGACGGGAGGACGGCGGGGCUGAAUUAUCCCAGUGGGAAUCAUUUCAUAGCAUGAGACACACUUUUUCCCCCCCUCUUUACCUCGUGUUAGUUUUCUCUGUAAGGACGGUGAACGUCCAUCAGCAGUGAGGUGCUCAGAACUGGACCUGACCUUACACGGAACUUUUGUGGAGCUCAUCAAACAGGACUGGACCACAGAAACAAGAAGGGAUUGUGUGUGGUGGGAGUAGACCUGGGGGGGAGUGCACUAUGCACACCGAAAGAGACAAUAAAACAGUUUAUGCUAUAUGACACUUCAUUCAAUGGGAUUUUAUACUUCUUAACAUUAUUUUAUAAAUCAACAGCUCUCCAAUGUUACUUCUGUGUGUGUAUGUGUGUGCACACGCGUGUGUGUGUCUGUACAUGUUUGGUUUAUGGUUUGUAAUGAUGUGUUAUGUACGGAAGCCCUGAGACGUCCCAGUGUUAAUUAUUCAGAUCAUGCACUAUAUGAUGGUCAAGUCUACCAAACGUACUAAAAACUGAAGUAAAAUGGACGUUGACUUCGCUGGGCCUCUUUAGCACUUUAGCUGUACUGUACAAAGUGGAGGAAACCAAACAAAAAGGGAUAGUUGUUGUGGUAACAUACAAAAAGCUCACUAUCGUAUGUGUUUUGUGGAUUUGUUUGUUUUAAUGAUGCAUUGUGUUACCAAAGUUGUGUUCACUCCAUUUCACACAUCAGGACCUGAAUGUAACACUUGCACUGUGUGGCAGUGAACCCAUCACAUUCGGCGUCCACUGGGUGUUGAGGGUGGCAGGAGGGGCGUUGGCACUUUAGGAGUCUAUAGUGCAGUGAGGACACACACACACACACACACACACACACACACACACACACGUAACAUUAGCUUGUUGUGUGUGAGGAGUUCACAAUAAAAUGUUUGAUGAAUGCUGACAAGACAUCUUCUUAGUGUGCUUAGAAUGAAGGCAGGAAGUGAUUUGUGGCUGCUGCUGAUGUCAUGCUGCAAACCACAUUGGAGACGCGCUGGACUGUGGAGAUAAAGAACAAUCUGACAUGCUGAGAGCUGCUGAGUCUGUGUUCAGAUCGAGGCCGUGAUUUUUUUUAAAGGGUAUCAAAUGCAGUUUACUAGUUUACUCUUAAAGCUUUUAGGAUUACCACAGUUUCCAGACUGUGGAAUAGGUCAUUUAUAUUUCCAUUAUUCCUUAUGGGUGAAUCCAAGCAAAUGGGUGCAUCUUGGCACACUGACUGUGUUUGCAGUUAGAAGUUCCACUGUAUGGUGUAUGUCCAAUAUGCCCACGUGGUAAGUGCUAUGAUCUUCCAUCAGGAAGGCAUUUUUUUUUCCCCAUAGCUUUUCAGGAAAAGUCGAACAAGUAAGAAAAAUUACAUUUGCGUUUGCAUAUUGACAAAUGUUGAUAAUAUAAGGUUAAAGUUGAACAUCUUUUGCUUGGCUGCAUACGCAACCAGUCGGUCAUCACUAUCGUGCGUCGGCAGGAAACCCUCGCCUGUGUACGUCCACGUUUAUCUCACACGACAUCAUAUCUCUAACACGCGCCGAGUGGAAGUCUAAUCGAGGUGGAGCAUGUGGUCCGUCUGACUUCCUGUCCCGAGUCUGUUCCUUCUGAUUGGCGAGUGCUACAGAGUUGGUCAUUAAAAAUAAUAACCUGUCAAUUAACCUGAUAUGCACGCGAGAUAUGUCA